GGGACGCGGGGCGCAGAGCGGGGCGCGGGCCAUGGCGGCGGGCGCGCGGGUGCUGGGCCUGGCGCUGGCGGCGCUGGCGGGCGCGGUGGCCGCGGGGCGCGCGGGCUCCAGCGCGUGCUACGACGGCGCGGGCCGGGCGCGGCGCUGCCUGCCCGAGUUCGAGAACGCGGCGUUCGGGCGGCGCGCGGCGGCGUCGCACACCUGCGGGUCCCCGGCGGCCGAGGACUUCUGCCCGCACGUGCGCGCGCCGGGCGCGGGGACCCAGUGCCAGCGCUGCGACGCCGCCGACCCCGCGCGCCACCACAACGCCUCCUACCUCACCGACUUCCACAACCCCGACGACAGCACCUGGUGGCAGAGCCCGUCCAUGGCCUUCGGAGUGCAGCACCCCACCUCUGUCAACAUCACCCUGCGCCUGGGGAAGGCCUAUGAGAUCAGCUACGUGAGGCUGAAGUUCCACACCAGCCGCCCCGAGAGCUUUGCCAUUUACAAGCGCAGCCGCCCGGGUGGCCCUUGGGAGCCCUACCAGUUCUACAGCGCCUCCUGCCAGAGGACCUACGGCCGGCCUGAGGGCCACUCCCUGCGGCCCGGCGACGACGAGCGGGUGGCCUUCUGCACAUCGGAGUUCAGCGACAUCUCCCCAUUGAGCGGGGGCAACGUGGCCUUCUCCACGCUGGAGGGCCGGCCCAGCGCCUACAGCUUCGAGGACAGCCCAGGGCUGCAGGACUGGGUCACCAGUACCGAGCUCCUUGUCUCUCUGGACCGGCUCAACACGUUCGGGGAUGACAUCUUCGGGGACCCCAGGGUGCUGCGGUCCUACUACUACGCCGUGUCCGACCUCUCCGUGGGCGGCAGGUGCAAGUGCAACGGCCAUGCCAGCGAGUGUGGCCCCGACGCCGCGGGCCAGCUGGUCUGCCGGUGCCAGCACCACACCGCGGGUGCCGACUGUGAGCGCUGCCUGCCCUUCUUCCGGGACCGCCCGUGGGCCCGGGCCACCGCCCGGACCGCCAACGAGUGUCUGCCCUGCAACUGCAGCGGCCGCUCGGAGAACUGCACCUUCGACCUCGAGCUCUUCCGCAGCACGGGCCACGGUGGGCACUGCCACGGCUGCCGCGACCACACAGCUGGGCCACACUGCGAGCGCUGCGAGGAGAAUUUCUACCGCUGGGAUGCUCGGGCGCCAUGCCAGCCCUGCGACUGCCACCCAGCAGGCUCCCUGCGCCUCCAGUGUGAUGCCUCGGGCAGCUGCCCCUGCAAGCCCUUGGUGACCGGCUGGAAGUGUGACCGCUGCCUGCCCGGGUUCCACUCUCUCAGUGAGGGCGGUUGCAGACCCUGCGCCUGCAGUGCGGCGGGCAGCCUGGGGACCUGUGACCCCCGCAGUGGGAGCUGCCCCUGCAAACAGAAGGUGGAAGGCAGCCUGUGUGACCGAUGUCGCCCUGGGACCUUUAACCUGCAGCUCCACAACCCAGCCGGCUGCAGCAGCUGCUUCUGUUACGGCCACUCCAAGGCGUGCACAGCCGCUGCCGGGUUCCAGGCGCACCACGUCCUCUCCAGCCUCCGCCACGGAGCCGGGGCCUGGCGUGUCAGAAGCACGGGGGGCGCAGAGCACCCUGCAAGAUGGAGCCCAGGUGGGGUCCUCCUGGGCCCAGAGGAAGAGGAGCUCACAGCCCCAGAGCUGUUCCUGGGAGACCAGCGGCUCAGCUACGGACAGCCCCUCACCCUGACCUUCCAGGUGCCCCCCGGGGGCUCCCUGCCACCCACGCAGCUGAGGCUGGAAGGGGCGGGCCUCAGGCUGGCUCUGAAGCCCUCUGACCAGUCAGUUCCCCAGGACGCCGGGCAGCAGGGGCAGGCACAGGUCCACUUCCUCCUGCAGGAGACCUCUGAGGACACGCUGCCUGCACUGCCCGCCUUCCACUUCCAGCGGGUCCUCGCCAACCUAACUGCCCUGUGCAUCCGGACCAGCGGCCAAGGCUCAGGCCUUUCCGGCCAGGUGCUUCUGAGUGAGGUGCGGCUCACAUCGGCUCGGGCCCAGCAGGGCCGGUCCCCACCAGCCACCUGGGUGGAGACUUGCUCAUGUCCCCAGGGCUACACGGGCCAGUUCUGCGAAGCCUGUGCUCCAGGAUACAAGAGGGAGAUGCCGCAGGGGGGUCCCUAUGUCAACUGUGUCCCCUGCACCUGUAACCAGCAUGGCACCUGUGACCCCAGUACAGGGACCUGCCUGUGCGGCCACCACACCGAGGGCCCAUCCUGCGAGCGCUGCCUGACAGGUUUCUAUGGCAACCCCUCCUCGGGCCAAGCCGAUGACUGCAAGCCCUGCCCAUGUCCCGGCCAGUCGGCCUGCACUGCCAUCCCGGAGAGCGGCGAGGUGGUGUGUACCCACUGCCCCCCGGGCCAGAGAGGGCGGCGCUGCGAGAGCUGUGAUGACGGCUUCUUUGGGGACCCGCUGGGGCUCUCUGGAGCCCCCCAGCCCUGCCGUCGGUGCCAGUGCAAUGGGAACAUGGAUCCGAACGCCAUUGGCAACUGCGACCCCCUGUCUGGCCGCUGCCUGCGCUGCCUGCACAACACGACGGGCACAUACUGCGAGCGGUGCCGGGAAGGCUUCUACGGCAGCGCCCUGGCCCCGAGGCCGGCGGACAAGUGCACACCCUGCAGCUGCAGCCCAGUGGGCUCGGUCAGUGAGCAGAUGUCCUGUGACUCAGUGACUGGCCAGUGCCCCUGCCUGCCCCAUGUGACCGGCAGAGACUGCAGCCUCUGUAGCCCUGGCUUCUACAACCUCCAUCCGGGCAGGGGCUGCCGCAGCUGCAUGUGUCACCCACUGGGCUCCCAGGAGAACCAGUGCCACCCUGAGACCGGGCAGUGCCACUGCCGCGCUGGAGUCAUGGGCCUGGCCUGUGACAGAUGUCAGCUGGGUUUCUUCGGCUUCUCCAUCAAGGGCUGCCGGGCUUGCAGGUGCUCCCCGCUGGGUGCCACCUCAGCCCAGUGCCACGAGAACAGUACGUGUGUGUGCCGGCCCGGCUUCGUGGGCUACAAGUGUGACCGCUGCCAGGACAACUUCUUCCCCGCAGAGGGCGGUGCACACUGCCAGGAGUGCCCGCCCUGCUACGGCCUGGUGAAGGAGGAGGUGGCCAAGCUGAAGGCCAGGCUGGCCCUGAUGGAGGAGUGGUUGCAGGGGUCUGACUGUGGCUAUCCCUGGGGGCCACCAGACAUUCUGCAGGGAGAAGCCCCCGGGGGGAACGGUGACCAGGGCCACCACCUGCUGCCAGGGCCACAGGACGCCCUCCUGGGGCAGCUGAGAGGCCUGGAAGGUGCUGUGAAGGCCUCCCGGGAGCGGCUGCAGGCCCUGAUUGAGGCUUCUGGCUGUGCCCAGGCUGGAACCGCGAAGACCUGCACUCAGCUGGCUGACCUGGGGGCAACCCUGGAGUCUUCACAAGAUGAGAUUCUGAACGCAGCCAGCAUUCUGACAUCUUUGGCGACUCUCCAGGAUGGGUCCAGCCAGCCCUCCAACUGGAGCCAUCUGGCUGCAGAGGCCCGCGCCCUCGCCAGGGGUCACAGGGACACUGCCGCCGAGAUCAAAACCACCGUGCACCGUGCCCUGCUUGCCUCCAAUACCAGCUCCUCACUCCUCUGGAAGCUGGCGGAUGGCAGGGCGGCCUUGGAGACCCAGCAUGACCUGGAGGACAGGUACCAAGAGGUCCAGGCGGCCCAGAGAGCGUUGGGCACAGCCCUGGCACGGGAGCUUCCCAAAGCCAGGAGGGUGCUGGCCUCUGUGCAGCAAGGCACGGACAACUCGACCUUGCUGCUGGCCUCCCUGGCCACCGCUGGAGCCCCGCCUCUGCAGUCGCAGGCUGGGGACCUGGACUUCAGAGUGCAGGUCCUGGAGCAGAAGGUGGCAUCGAGAGAGCGUGCGGCCACCAAGGCUACCAGGGCCCUCCAGGCCUCCGUCCAGGCAGCACUGCAGAGGACGGAGCCCCUCACACAGCUGCGCCAGGAGGCCACAGCCGCCCUGGCCAGGGCUUCCUCCUCUGUCCAGGCUGCCUCGGUGACUGUGAUGGGAGCCAAAGCCUUGCUGGCUGACCUGCAAGGAAUGAAGUUGUGGUUUCCUCGGCCCAAGGACCAGGCUGCGCUGCGGCGGAGAGCAGGUGUGAUCAGGGACCGGCUCCUGGCGGACACAAGGAAGAAGACCCAGCAGGCAGAGAGGAUGCUGGGAAACUCGGUUCUGCUCUCCUCCAGCACCAGGAAGAAGAGCAGAGAGGCGGAGCUGUUGGCCAAGGAUGGUGCCAAGCUCGCCAGGGCCUCGCUGCAGGAUGGGAAGCAGGGGCACCGCCGUGCCCGCCAGCUGGCCAGCCAGACACAGGCCACCUUCACACAGGCCUCACAGCUGGUGCUCACCUCGGGGGCCCGCAGACGGAAGCUGGAGGAAGCUGAGCAGGUGGGCACUGGGCUGAACACGGUGGAGCAGCAGAUCCGGGAAUCGCGCAUCUCCUUGGAGAAGGACAUUGAGGCCUUGUCCGAGCUGCUUGCCAGGCUGGGGACCCUGGACACCCACGAAGCUCCCAGCCAUGCCCUGAAUGAGACCCAGCAGGUCCUGGACAGCUUGAGGCUUCAGCUGGGCUCCCAGGGGGCACUGCAGGGGAAACUGAGGCUGCUGGAACAAGAGUCCGAGCAGCAGAGGCUACAGAUUCAGGGCUUCGACAGUGACCUCGCCGAGAUCCGAGCUGACAAGCAGAACCUGGAGGCCAUUCUGCGCAAUCUGCCUGCCCACUGUGCCAGCCCGAAGUGGUGAUUUGCUUGGAGCCAGGCCCUCCGGGAUCUGAAGGGGCCUGGGUCCUGGGGGCCUCAGACUGGCCACAGAAACUCCUGAUGCCCUCACUCACUGCCCAGCCUGUGAUGGACACUUCCUGACCUAGCCCUGCUGCCCCAUCUGUCACAAAGGAGGCCGCAAGGUGUGGAAACCUAGCCACCGUUCCUGUCUGUCCUGCCCAGGAAUCACCCUGCGGUCAGGUGCCUGGCAGCCUCCCUGGCAUUUCCUCCUCCCUUUCCCGGGCCGCCUUCUCCCCAGCAGCAGGGCCUUGGCCCGGUUCCUCCUGGCUCCCGGCCCCACUUGGGUGAACAGGUGGUAAUGUGGACCAGUUCUCAUGCGGAAUAAAGGACUCUUUCCUGA